UUACCUUUUACUGUGGAAACCGUUAUGGAGCCAGCGCAGAUCCGAAGCCAUUGCACCAGUCUGGCACAGAGAACGAAUCUCGAGGAACACCCCGUCUCCGUCUUGAUCUUCGCCUUCCUGCCUGUUUUCCAGGCCUGGUCUUUCGGGCGUGGCGCAAGGUAAAAUCGCAAAGACUGAAGCAACAAUGCCGCUCCCACGGCCAACGCGGCUGUCGCAAUGGAAUGUGGAUGUUGACCACGUGCUCGGCCCCAUGGUGCCGGCGUCGGUGCUGCCGCACCUGCCGUCCGCGCUGGGGCACUUCCUCGGCCACCGUGACCCUGCCGGGCCCGUGCAUAGGAAGCUCGGAAAUGUUGCCAUGGUCUUCUGGGCGGCCAUUGGAGUCUUUUCUAGCCUGGCUACCAUCGGCGUCGUGGCACAGCACAUUCCCGCCUUCCAGAGCCGGCAGGUGCCGACCAUCAUAGGCAGUCUUGGCGCGGCCGCCGUGCUCGACUUCUACGCCAUCGAGUCACCGCUGGCGCAGCCGCGCAACGCCGUGCUGGGCCAGCUGGUGUCAUCGGUGAUCGGCGUCGGCAUCGCUAAGCUCUUCGCACUGAGCGCCCACUUCGAGGCGGUGCGCUGGCUGGGCGCCGCGCUGGCCUGCGCCGUCGCCACCGCCGCCAUGGGCCUCACGGGCACCGUGCACCCGCCGGCCGGCGCCACCGCGCUCUUGGCCGUGCUCAGCGACGACUUUUUUCAUCUCGGCUGGUUCCUGCUCGCCCCCGUCAUGCUUGGCUGCGCGCUGAUGCUCGCUGUCGCGCUCGUCGUGAACAACAUCCAGCGCAGGUUCCCCGUGUACUGGUGGUCACCGGAGGAGACGGGGGGGUUCUGGCGGAGGGGACGCGAGAAGGGUGAGAGCGACGGCAGCGGUGGCAGCAGCAAUGAGGGGGAUAGCCGGCGGGAUCUGGAUGGUGCUGGUGCCGGUGCCGGUGCUAGUGCUGCGUCAAGGCCGGGGGACUUGGAGUCAUCGGUGACAGAAAAGAAGCCCAACGGGCGGAGAGUGAUCAUUUCGAGAGACUUGGUCCAGGUACCGGACGACAUGGACCUCACCAGGGAGGAGAUGCUCUUUCUCGAGGUUAUAAGUCAGCAGUUAUGAUUAAGCACUCAGGCGAGGGAAUGCGAAUAAGGUCGUGCAGAAUACACCACGUUUCUUGGUUUGGAGGGAAACAUGGUAGGGCCUAGGAGGGAGUGACUUCAGCGCCGGCGCACCUCGAAACCCAUGCAACGAAACAACCAAAAAACAUGACCCAACUGUCCUAACCCAACAGAUUGGCUCACGCGCACAGCAAGAGAAUACAGUAGAAAACACACCCGGGGCUUUGUGGACUGGGCUGGCGAAACCACGGGCCCUAGUCCGCUGUGACCAAAAUCGUAAGGUGCUGUCUUUUAUUGACCAGGGGCAGAUUCACAAUCCCAGCGGCUGGG